UGAAAUAACUUUUGGAGGUUUGCAGAUCGCAAGAUAUACCCCAAAACAGCGUCGUAUGCGUUUUGUUUUGAGUGGUAUGUAGACUUCUCGCUCAUAUAUACUUUGCACACUGUCACCAAACCUUUUCAGUCCAAGGCGGUGUUUUCUGACAUAUUGGUCCGGAGAUGAACAAUAAAUUGGUUUCAGAGCAAGUAGAUGGAGCUACACGACUUGGUCAUGAGCAGCUUGCUAAAGGAAACAUUGACGAGGCUUGCAGUUCGUUCGAAAAAGCCGUUCAACUUGCAGAAAGCUUGAAAGAAGGGUUUACGGAAAGAGCUUGCUAUUUCAAUCUUGGAGCGUGUUAUGUUGCACGUGGGGAUCCUAAACGUGGCGUGGAAUACUUAAAGAAAUCUUUUCCGCCCGAUAAAGAGUCGGACGGAAGGACAAAUUAUGCAGAUUUGCAGUACAAUUUGGGAACUGCUUACGAUGCUUUGAGCGACACUCAGAAGGCUGUGGAAUGUUACGAGAUCGCUGCUGAAGAAUAUAAAGCUCAAGAAAACUUGGAAAUGCAAGGAGAAACUCUUCUCAGACUGGGAAAAGACUGGACGAAUAUCGGUGACCUGAAAAAAGCUGCAGAAAUUUACCAACAAUGCGCCUAUAUAUUCCAGGAAAUGGGAGACAAAAAUACUCAGUUACUUAUUUUGAACAACCUUGCUAGUUUGCUUGGAGAAGUUCGGGACAUUGCAGCCUGUGGUAAAGUGCUUGCGCAAGUUAUUGAACUUUGUCAAGAUGUCGACGACAAUGCUUUGAAAUGUAAGUACAAUAUAAAGUUUGUAUAUACCCUUUUUGUUAAGUAUCAUUGCCCGUAUAAUUUGGCAAUAAUUGAUAUCACAUAAACGCCUCAGCAAACAUGGCCUUGGCCUCGAAAUAUUUCGAAUUCCAUCAUUUCCCUUUAGUUACCAGCUCGGAAACUGUAAAUUUUUUUAUCUCCCGUUAGUUAGGGUAGUUUUGUUUAUUCCCGUUAUGUAAAACAAAACUAACCUUAAGUGUUGCUAGUUUCUGUUUUUCAUUCUACUUGUGUGCUAAUUUGACAUAAUAACUUUUUCGAGUAACAAUUAUUGAUUAAAAGUAAAUUUUAUCGCUUCAUCUGAAGAUGUAACUUGUGACCUAUGCGAGGAAAAAAGAUUCUCCCUUUCUUCUGCUACUGAAGGAAUGCCAUUCACAAAUUUUGCACUUUCUGCUGCCAGAGUAUGUGAUCCUGUGGACUUUGCAAACUUUGCACAUUCAGAGUUAGUCAAGCAUCUCGCAAGCUGGAAUUAAACCGAAAUCUAAUAGCCACAAUUACUUGCUUGUAUUGUAAGUUGAUAUUCUUACUUAGUUCAUGAGAGCCAUGGCACAUGAGUUACUACUGUUGGAUAGAUUUAGCUUUGCAAAUUUGUACCUAUAGAUUGAUUGGCAGUGUGUUAUGCAUUUGAUGAAAGAAAGCAUGACCCCUGAAACACUAGAUGUGUAAAUUGAUGGCAGAAAAAUUGACAAAGUUCUCUCCGUCAAAAAAAGUUAUUGAAAACUGAGGGAGAGUAAUUCAAUAUUGAAGAUAAGAAUUGGUUGAUUUUUAAUGUUACAGUACAGUUAUAACUAAGGGAAGUUAAUUUAGAGUGGUAGUGGUAGCUUUAAGUGCAUGUAUUUGCAUAUUAAAACCUUUUUUGAGCCUCAAAAACACAUCAGCUGAUUUAAACAGGUCUUGCUGCACCCACUUGUGGGUUGCUAGCAAUCGUUGGCUUCUUGAAUUCAUGGCCAUCAACCAAACCCUGGGGCAGAAUUAUUUGUUAGGGACUGGCCACUACUACUUAAAUAAUUCUUCUACAGCAAAACAUAGAGGCUGAUGUAAUUUAUUUUUACAUAACUUGUUCUAAAAGUGCAAAUGGUAUGGUCAACAUGUAUAGUCAAGCAAUUUUAUGUUUAUCAUCAUUAACCAAAAAUAGUAAUAAUUAUAAUAAAUUUAAGAGUCUGUUCACUCACUUAGAUUUAGUUCUAAAUUUGAUUUGAAGGGGGGUUACAUUAUCAGACAAACAAUAAUACUUUAUUGCUGAUUGCAGUAUCCUUUAUGUAUUUAUUAGUCAGUGAUAUUAAUAAUAAUAAUAAUUAUGACAGUGAUAAAAAUCAAUGGUGCUGAGAAGAAUUAGUCUUUUUAGAAUUAUUUUCUGCUCAGCAAGAGGUACAGUUGCUCAGGUGGAUGAAUGAUCUUGUUUUGAUUUUUAAAUUAGGGAUUAGGGAAGCUUUUCCUUUUGAAGGAUUUAAUUUCCCCUCUUUUAGUAAUGAUGGGUCAAUUGAAUUCUAUGUUGAAGUUAUUGACAACUUCCUCAUUUAUACCAGUUUUUUUUUUAACCAAUUGACAUACAUGUACAGCUAUAAGGAAAAAUUAACCUUACAUUAAAUUAACAAAAAACAUUUUAACAUUAAAUAUUAAUGUACAAAGCAUUGCAGCUUGAAUUUGAAUUUGUGACAAAUACAGAAUUCAAUGGCCCAAGUUGAUUCACCUAUGUGAAUUAUUGUUUUCAUGGCAAUGCAAUGCAAAUAAUAAUGAAUCCCAGCUUGAAAUAAAUUGUCAGUGUUAUUUAACUGUUGCCAUCAAGUGUCAAAUUUAGUACAACUCUGGUAAUUUUAAGGUAUGAGGAAGCAUACAACAUUUUGUUGGUUGAAGUCAGAGAUUCAAAGGGGACUAUUAAGGACUGAGUUUUAAAUUUCUGCACUUAAUUUGUCAGCCUGCAAGGUUGUAUGCCAUUUCAAUUUUUUGUUCUACAGCACUACGAAACAAAAAGGAAAGGUGUCUGUCUUGAAAAUAUAUUCCUUUGGUAGUAAUAAGAUAUUUAAUGACUUGUGAUAUUUUAAAUUUGGGAAAUCUGUUCUGCAGACUGAAGACACAUUGUGCUAGUCAUACAAAUUUAGAAUUCGUAGCUCCUGGAUAAAAAUACAGUAUUUGAAGUUUUCCAUCAUUCUCAAAGCCUGGGGUAACAAAUACAUGUAUAAUAUAUGAUGACAAGUUUUUGUUAUUCCGUGGAUGACACUAUACAUGCGCACUGAAUAAUGCUUUUUGAUGCAUUUCUCCUUGCUGAAAUAGUGAAAUUAUCCCUAAUUGUUAAAGUAAACAUUGUUGCCUCUUGUUACAGGUAAAGUUUACAAUGAUAUUGGUCUAGUUUACAGUGGAUUGAAGUCUUAUGAGAAUGCAGCAGAAUGCUUUGAACUGGCAAUUCCCCUCAUGCAUACCAAGAGUACAAACAAGGAACUAGAAGCUGUUCUUCAACAAAAUUUAGGAGCUGUGUAUAAUCAACUUAAGCAGUUCAACAAGGCAAUGGAGUGUCACAGGCAGGCAGUCACCCUUCAUGGUAAGAGAUCAUGACAGUUAGAAUAUGUAAAAUGUAAUCAUUGAUUUGUUGCCAAAAGCAUGUGCUUAUUGAAAAAAUCUGUGGAAAUUUACAGAUAUGCAACAUCUUUGAUGAGAUCAAGUUGAGUUUCAAAAAAUUAUGAAGCAAGUUAAAGAGAAUUACCUCUGAAUGGUAAAUUUUAUUACCUGUUGCCUUCUGUUUUUUUUUUGUCUUAGGUGAGCAUUCAAACAGGGAAGCCCAAGGACAAUCCUUCUGUAACAUGGGGUUUGCUCAAAGUCAACUUGGAGAAUAUAACAAAGCUGGGGAGAGUUUCUCACAUGCAAUUCAGGCAGCCAAAGAUUCUAAUGAUAAGAAAGGCUUGUGGCAAGCUUAUGAGGGGUUGGCAGCAGUUAGCUUUCUGGGCCGGGAAUAUGACAAGGCAGUGGAGUAUUAUAAGUUGGCUUUGUCUGUUCUUUCAACUACUAAUGAUGCAGGCCCUGAACAUAACAACAGAAUUGUCAGCAAACUUACAAAUGCAUUAGAAUGCCAGUUGGUUUUGUCAAAGCAAUUGAAUGGUAAGCUACCACCCAUAAGAUUGAACAGUGUGAAAAGUGAUGUUGUAGACAAUGUCGAGAAGGUUAAAAAGAAAGGAAAGCGAAUUGGCAAAACACGUUCAAGACAGGAGCAUCACCAGCUGAUUGCUAGAGGAAUUGAUGGAGAUCAAACUCCCUCAGAGGAAUCUGAAGGUUCAGGAGAGGAGUCCACUUCUAGUGAUGAAGAGGUGCAAGAGAACGAACAAGCUGUCAAGGAUCAUCAUUUCCUCCAAAGGGUGAUAACUACUGAAGCUGAAGUUCAUCAUGAAAGAAAAACAGCCAAUGGGAAAAGGGAAAGGAAAAUGACGUCUACAAGUUCCACUGAGGAAGAACGUGUCAUCAGGGAGAGGGAAAGGAGAGAGAGAAAACACCGCCAAUCACAGAAAGCUCGAGAUUUGGCAUCCAGAGAACCACUGAAGUCAACACAAGGAGACAACAUCUAUGAGCAGGUAACUGAUGACAGAGUGGCCUCCCCUGCAAGAAGUGAUUACUCUGAUGAGAUGCCACGGGCACACAGAGAAGCAUACUUGGCUUCAGUACAGGCUUCCUCGUCACACAAGUCAGACUCACACAGAUCACAAGAGGAACAAACUGUCCAAUCCAGAACUUGUGUUAUUCAGUAAUUAAAACAAUACUUAUAUAACAGCUUUUAUAAUGGGUUUUGUGCAAAGGAGGUAUAUAUGGCUUAUGAGGUGAUUUUGAAAAAAAACUAGAAAUUGUGACUCAAGCAUUGGUAAACCUCAACUAGAAAACAGCUGAAAGGGAGAAUCUUCAUUAAAUUUUAGCAAAUGCUCUAUGAAGGAAACUUGGCUGUUAUCCUCCUAUUUAAGGAAUCACAAAGACAUACACCUUACUUUUUAUGAAAUCAACAGGUUUCUUUAAUAUGUUUCUAUUUAAAUACCACCUUUUUAUGGCUUGUCAAUGGUGUAUCUUUGGGUACAUUAAUACAGAAAUUACAAAAUGGUUUAUGUUAUUUCAACAUAAGUUGUUAUACUGAACAGGGGCUCUAUCUUGGCAAAAAUAUUGAAAUUGGCCCCAAAAAAUCAUAUGCACCUUUUUGGCACAAAAACUUUGUUGUUAUGUGUGUUUGAAAGACAAUUUAAUUUCAUUGAUAUUUUAUGUAGGGCAUGAACAUUUAUCAAGGAAAUAACUACAUAACUUUCAUAUUUAGUGAUAUAGUUUUAAAAUUUCAAGAGUUGUUUCAGUCUGAGGUGAUGCUGUGAAAUGCUCAUAGAAAGAUAAGGUCUUGGUAAUUUGAGUAGGUUGUCUUGUGUCUAAGAAAUUAAACUUUAUACAUACAUUCAAAUUGCAAAGUUUUUUUUGUGGGAGGCAGUACUCUCUUAAUUAUGGCAAUGACUUCAAAAUAAAUUCAAUUUGUCUUUGGCAGUGCUGUGAUCUCAUACUGGAAUCAUUCUCAGG